AGCCUAGCGAACCCCCGGCGGCAACCGCCCCCUCGCGUUCGUGCGCUUUCAGUUCCCACACCCCUCCCUUCUCCUCGCUCCGCUCUCUUCUCUCUCCGCCGGAGGCGCGCGCGGGCGCAGGCAGGCAGCUACGGCGCCGUCGCGCAUGCAGGAGGCGGCGGCCGAGCCGGGACGCCGGCCGGCGCAGCAGCAGCAGUUCGUGGGCGUCGACCUCCGCCGGCCCAAGGGCUACGCCGCGCCGGUGGCGAGCCAGGCGGUGGCGGCGGCGGCCCAGCCAGCGGAGGGGGAUCCCUGCCCGCGGUGCGAGUCGCGGGACACCAAGUUCUGCUACUACAACAACUACAACACGUCGCAGCCGCGCCACUUCUGCAAGGGCUGCCGGCGCUACUGGACCAAGGGCGGCACGCUGCGCAACGUCCCCAUCGGCGGCGGCACCCGCAAGAAGCCCUCGUCUUUGCCGCCCUCGUCCUACGGGGCCGCCACCAACUCCGACAAGCCCAAGAAGCCGUCCAAGAAGAAGCGCCGCGUCGUAGCGCCGCCCCCGGAGCCCGCUCCAGCCGCCGCGUCCGCCGCCACCGACGCCGCCCCGGCCGCCGACUCCGCCAAGACGGCGGCGACGGCGACUACCACGACGGUGGCAACACCGGCGACGACCGACCCCGCGAGCGAGAUCACCACCGAGCUCGUGGUCCCGGCGGCUGAGGAGGAGGACUCCCUCGCCCACCUGCUGCAGCCGGACGUCGCGCUGGGGCUCGGCAUCUCCGACUUCCCGGCGGGGAAGGGGCUGGACGUGGAGCCGGACUCGUUUGAGUGGCCCGCGGCUUUCGACCUGGGCGCGUGCUGGAGCAGCGCCGGGUUCGCCGACCCGGACCCCGCCGGCCUGUUCCUCAACCUCCCGUGACGGGGGACACGCGACGGCGGACACCGCGCGCACCGCGACGUGCUCCGUGCCGUUCUGCGCGCCGGCGCCGGCGCCGGCUGCUCAGGUGUGGGUUUUGAGACCGCCCUGAUAAACGGUUCUCUUCUUUGCAGCUUAACUAGCGGUACAUGAUAACAUGCUUUCGGGUAUAUGAUAUGAUCGUGACGACGACGACGAAGAACUUGAUUUUUAGCUUUGUUUUUUUGGAGGUCAACUAGUGGCCGCUGGAUGUUUUACUCAUCAGAUGGCUAACUCUACAGCUCCGGGGAUGGUGUUUCAUCUGUCUAUAGACUGAGCUUUGUUUGAGCUGCUUCUUACAUGGCUAUGCACAACUUCUUCCUGGCC